AUGCGGUUAUUGAAAUUUGAUGAGGCGAUAUCAAAUGAGACUGAUGGUGGUAAAAUCUGGGUGUUUUGGAAAAAUGAAUUGGAUGUGCAGGUGGUUCGCAUGAGUUCGCAGUUUGUGUCAUUAUGCAUUACCGAAGGAAGUAAUCAUUUCAUGGGUAAUUUUAUUUAUGCAAAGUGUAAUAGGCUUGAACGACAACUGCUUUGGGAGGAGUUGAAUUCGGAUAGAAUGGGUGGGGAGCCGUGUUUCUUUGAUGGGGAUUUCAAUGUAAUUCGGUCGGAUAUUGAGAGGUGUGGUGGGCGUCCGAGGAAUAGAGUUGCAAUUGAUGAGUUUAAUAAAUGGAUUCAUCAGGGUGGGUUGUUGGAAAUGAAUUCACAAGGUAGUAAGUUUACAUGGUGUAAUGGUCAGCAAGGUUUAUCUAGAGCUUGGGCAAAGCUGGAUAGAGUUUUACUUGAUGCAAAUUUUCUAUCUCUUUUUCCGACUGCUCAUUGUUUGUAUCUUCCUAGGACUAUAUCGGACCAUUGUCCUAUGGUUAUAGAAUUUUUAAGUGAUCCUUUCUCUUAUGGUCCACCUCCAUUUCGUUUUCAGCAAAUGUGGGUUGAGCAUCCGGAUUUUAUGACUCUUGUUCAAAAGGUUUGGUAUGAAUCGGUUAUUGGUUCGGGGCUGUUUAAAUUAGCCACUAAACUUAAAAAACUUAAGGUGGCGUUGCGUGUAUGGAACAAGAGUGUAUUUGGGAGAACUAAUACUCAGAUUGCUAUUCUUGAAGAUAAGAUUGAGAAUCUGGAAAAUUUGUUGCAGAGAGGUUGGGAUGAUGAUAUUGAAAGGGAAUUAGUAAGGACUUCUAAUGAGUUGUCUUCUUGGAGGAUUAGGGAGGAUAUUAGAUUGGCACAAAUGGCUAAAAUUAAGUGGAGAAUGGGUGGUGAUAGGAAUACAAAAUUUUUUCAUGUGUGGUUAUCUAAUAAAAAGCAUAGGAAAAUUCAUCAGUUAAGAACCUCGAAUGGGUUGGAGUUUAAUUCUCCGAAAGCAAUUCAUCUUGGAGCUGUUGAUUAUUUUUCUGAUUUUCUUCAAAGAUCUAAUCCGGUUAGGGAGGUGCCUGAUUUAUCUAGUUUAAUUUCAUCGGUUAUUAAUGAUGAGGAUUGUGUCCGGCUUUGUGGGAUCCCUUCGUUGGUUGAAGUGAAAGAGGCUCUAUCAACUAUUCCUAUUAAUAGUUCUCCGGGUUUCCUUUCCAAAAUGAUUUCUCUUGAACAAGGUGCGUUUAUACCUGGGCGAAGUAUUUUUGAUAAUAUCAGUCUUACCUAG